AUGACUUUGGAUGAUCAGGGAUGCCCUAUAUGUAGUGAGCAAGGAGGAGGGCUUCACAAGAACUGGUUUGUUCUCUUCGACGUAACUGCGGUGAACGGUCUAUGUCAGGCGACCACUAAGGUCAGACCCUUGUGA